AUGCCAAAGUUAAAAUGUAAAAAUGCUGCAAAAGAAUGUAUACUUACACAAGGUAGAGAUAAUGAAGAAAGGUUUUCAAAAACUAUAGACACAGAAAGUAGUAAUUCAGAAUAUAGUGAUCCAGAACUUUUAAUUUAUGAAUCAGAGAACAAUAAUGAGGAAGAACUUGAUAAUGAGAUAGAACCUAAUGAAGAAGAAGCUAAAUAUUCAAAACGUACUCAGCAAUAUAAAAAUAAAGAGUUACAAGAGGCAGUGCAAGGAUCAAUGAGUUUGGAUAAUUUUUUUGAACCAAAAAAAAAAUUAGAUAUUAAGUAUGAAAUGUCAGACUCAGAUACAAGCGAUUUAGAUAUAACAAAUGACAGUUCUAUUUCAGAAGAGUUAAAUAAAUUAAAUAACACACUUAAUAAUAUGAAGCAUAUGAAUGCUUAUAAAUACCUUUGCUAUCUAGCUAUUUAUAAAUAUUUUACAAAAAUUUUUGACUAUGAAAAGCCACAAUCUCAUAUAGAAUUAAGUCUUGAAAUAUUAUAA